AUGUCGUAUGAGCCGAUGGGCCCUGGGUGGAAGGAGAUACCCCGAGAUCUCGAUGAACUUCCAGACACCACUGUGUAUCGAUCUCCUCGCCGAGUACGAGAGGCCCUUGAAGAACGGAACGAGCCUGUUAUCGAAGUGUCCGAUGACGAUGAAGCCGAAGGCGGCCAACCUGCAGAGCUCCCCCCUGCUUAUCGAGUUCCUGCAGAAGCCGGCAGAGAGGUCAUUGCAAUCGACUCAUCCAGCGACGCUGAUGGCUCGGACAUGGAUGUUGUCAUACUGCCUCCUGCUCCUACUCACAAGCGAUCGCGCGCAGAUGGCAGCUCUCAGGACGGUUCUCCUCAUCCACCAGCGCGGACUGGCAUGAAACGUCGUGCACCUCCAGUUGAUCCACCUGCCUUGAUCGACACAGCUCCGCUGCAGAUGCGUCCCAACUUAGAACUCAGACGUGAUGAACCUGCCCCCGACCAAAAACUCAGACAUGAUGCAUUGGCUUCCGAUUUAAAGACCCAACAGUAUGCCUGGCCCCCCAACCCUACUCUGCCCGUCGCAAUCCCCACAGCAUCCGGCUCAAGUCAUCCUACAUACCGCAAGUCAAAGCCUUCAAAGAAGAAGGAAGAACCCAAGGAACCACCAUACUAUGUCGACAGCCGGCUCGAGGUAAAGAUGUAUCGAGGGCCUGGCUAUGAACGCUUCCCGGUUGCGCUCGGCACCGUCGAAGGCCACCAGGAGCUCUGUGAUAAGUGGGACGCCGAUCUUGUUACGAAGAGAGAAAAGAGACUGGCAAAGCUACAACGAGAACAGAAGAUGGGCUACAUGACCUAUGACAUAGAGUCAAGCUCUGACGACGACGUUGCAGUCGAGCACAACGCCGCUUUGCAGAAACGCUGUCUUGACAGUGUGCUUGAUGUCUUCCCCGAUAUCGAGCGUGCCUUCGUCCAGAAGAAGAUUCGAGAAGAACUUCCAAAGUCACGAUACGUUGAGGAUGACGACGACGAUCUCAUUGUUCUUGGACCGCCACCUCUUGCUGAGAAAAUCAUCUCCGAGAUCGUUGAACUCAAGUCUUAUCCGAAAGAGCGCAGUUCCAAUGCCACAGCUAGCAAGACGAGCUCAGCAGUUGAUGGUACAGGGAUCACAAUUACAUGGAACCGAACGCUUCCGAAAGACGACAUGUAUAUGAAAGAUGCCACCAUCUUGAUUGCGAAGCACUUCCCGCACGUCCCAAGCCACUUUGUUGACGCGAUGGUAAAAGAGAAGAAGUCAAUCUUCGAUACUUACGUCGCUGUCCACGAACUGGAAGACCAGUACUACACGGUCCAUGCUAAGCCUUACGCGCGUCGAAAGCAACCAAGACCUGACCUCGAGAAGAAAUAUCUGUUGAAAGCCAGUGACCGCCGCGUCCCAGGAGAGUAUGCACACCGCGUGAAUGAACUGCAAGCGGCGAAACAGUACGUCAUGCGUGAAGAAAUCAAAGAAGCCGCGAGAAAGGCAAAGGAAGAAGCCGAAGCGUUGAACUUGGCGGAACAUAUUCAGUCUGGCGCCAUCAUGGAGUGUCAAUGUUGCUACGACGCCCAGGUACCUCUCAACCGCGUCGUGCCUUGCACCGCAGAGGUUCCGCACAACUUCUGCUUCACGUGUGUGGAGGGGCUGGCGGACACACAAGUCGGCAUGUUGCAACAUGAGAUGCUUUGCAUGGACGAUAGUGGCUGUGAGGCAAAGCUUUCCCAUGAAGACGUCGGCAGAGCAAUCCCCAUCACCACCUUCGAUCGCUUGGAACUCAACGAACAGCAAGCUGAGAUCGUGGCCGCCAACAUUGAAGGACUGGAACAAUGCCCGUGCUGCGAUUACAAAGCCAUCUGCGGAGAUAUCAAAGAAGAGCCGGUCUUCUUCUGUCAGAACCCAGAGUGUUCUCGCGCGACCUGCAGAAGAUGCAAGAAGGACGAUCAUGCACCAAAGACCUGUGAAGAAGCCAGUGUGGACAAGGUCUUGUCAGCGCGACAUCUCAUCGAAGAAGCCCGCUCAGCAGCUGUCAUCCGGACAUGUCGAAAAUGCGGCGCGCCAAUACUCAAGGAGUUUGGUUGCAACAAGAUGAGUUGCACACGAUGCGGCAGUGCCUUUUGCUACGUUUGCAAUGACGACAUCACCGACUUCCCUGGUGGUUCUUACAAUCACUUUGGUCCAAAGUGCAUCCUCUAUGACGAGCCCGGCUACAACAGACAUGAAAAGGAGGCCAUCGAAGCCGAGAAGGAAGCUAUCGCGAAAGCCAAAGCGAUGAAUGCCGAUCUAGAUGAGAGCCAGUUGCGAAUCGACCCUGAGAUCAAAGAACCGCGCACUGCUGCCAUGCAAAACCUCCUCGACCACCCUGCCGGCGGUGUCUUCAUGCGCGACAUCAACAAUCGUGCCCUUCGAAUCAACGACCAGCAACUGCACAUGCAGCAGCUGCAGGCACGUGUCGAGCAGCUCGAGGCACGACGGCCAGAUCGUGAGGUCGGCCAGAUCCUGGCCGAGGCUCGUGCACUGGCCGGGGGGUUUGGGAUGGACAACAUCCCACCCCCCGAGGCCAGAUUGCAGCAGCUUCGGCAGCUGCAAGAGCUGCAGCGACGUGCGCGGGAGCGCCAGGGAGGCCGUGGCGCGCAAUAG